AUGGGUCGCAUGCACAAUCAAGGAAAAGGUAUCUCUGGAUCAACAACACCAUACGUUAGAGAGAGUCCAGAGUGGUUAGACGCAAACAUUGAUGAGAUAGAAGGAAAGAUAAUAGCAUAUGCCAAGAAAGGCCUUACUCUGUCCCAGAUUGGAACAAUCCUCAGAGAUGAGUACCACAUUGGUAACAUGAAAUUCUUCAGUGGAAGAAAGCUUCUUAUGAUCCUCAUGAAGAACAACUUAGCCCCACAAGUACCAGAAGACUUAGCAGCACUUGUUAAGAAGGCUAUUAGCAUUAGAAAGCACUUAGAGUCAAACACAAGAGACACUGACUCCAAGUACAGACUAAUCUUAGUUGAGUCAAGAAUAAGCAGAUUAGCUAGAUACUACAAAACAAGAAAGGUUAUUCCAGCAAACUGGACACCUCCUUACAGAUCAGCCGUGAAGAGAAACAGUGGUCUAUAAAUAAAUA